AUGGCCGACACCUACUCAGACGACGACCCAGACGCGGCAGCAAUGGCGGCGGCAAUGGGCUUUACAGGCUUCGGCAUGCAGCGCGGCGCCGCGAACAAGAAGCGCAAGCAGCACGACCUGCCCUCCCAGACCGGCGCAAACAACGCGCCCCUCGGCAAGCGCCGGUUGCCCAUGAGCCUGCCGAAGCCGGUGGUAUCGGGCGAUGAUGGCGGCAGCAACAACAACAACCCUGAGGAGAUUGACCUGGCCGAUGACGAGGACGAGGAUGGAGAGGGGGGCGCAGACGUGGGGACUACUACUGCUGCGGCUCUCGCAACAGUCGACGACGCAACCCCAUCCACGUCGGGGCCCGGUCAGCAGCAGCAUCACUCGCUCCCCCCACGACCACAACACCACCAGGACCACCACCACCACCGGGCGCCAGGGCCGGGCGCCAGAGGAGGAGGUCCAGCACAAAAGGCGCCAUGGUGGGAAGGCGCGUGGGACCCGCGCCUCAUAGCCAGGAUGGUCGAGAACCCGUGGGACCGGCUCGAGAAGCAGCGCGGGCUGGAGGCCCGGGGCGCGUGGCCGUCGCCAUCGCCGGCGGCAGCGAGGGGCGGUGGUGGUGGCGGGCCGGUAGCGGCUGCAGUAGGCCCGGGCGACAACGGCAAUUAA